AUGCCGCCGCGGCGCAGCAUCGUGGAGGUGAAGGUGCUGGACGUCCAGAAGCGGCGGGUGCCCAACAAGCAUUAUGUCUACAUCAUCCGCGUCACGUGGUCCAGUGGCUCCACCGAGGCCAUCUAUCGGCGCUACAGCAAAUUCUUUGAUCUCCAGAUGCAGAUGUUAGACAAAUUUCCCAUGGAAGGAGGCCAGAAGGACCCCAAACAGCGGAUCAUCCCCUUCCUGCCAGGCAAGAUUCUCUUCCGACGAAGCCACAUCCGGGACGUGGCCGUCAAACGCCUGAUACCGAUUGACGAAUACUGUAAGGCCCUGAUCCAGCUGCCCCCCUAUAUCUCCCAGUGUGACGAGGUGCUGCAGUUCUUUGAGACAAGACCUGAGGACCUGAAUCCCCCCAAAGAGGAGCAUGCUGGGAAAAAGAAAUCUGGGAGUGACCCGACCUCAGUGGACCCCAUGGUCCUGGAGCAGUACGUGGUGGUCGCAGACUACCAGAAGCAGGAGAGCUCAGAGAUCAGCCUCAGCGUGGGCCAAGUGGUGGACAUCAUCGAGAAGAACGAGUCAGGUUGGUGGUUCGUCAGCACCGCUGAAGAGCAAGGCUGGGUCCCUGCGACCUGCCUUGAAGGGCAGGAUGGUGGGCAGGACGAGUUUUCUCUACAGCCCGAGGAAGAGGAGAAGUACACAGUCAUCUACCCGUACACGGCUCGUGAUCAGGAUGAAAUGAACCUGGAGAGAGGGGCCAUGGUGGAAGUCAUUCAGAAAAACCUGGAAGGCUGGUGGAAGAUCAGGUUCCAGGGCAAGGAGGGCUGGGCCCCAGCCUCGUACCUAAAGAAGAGCAGCGGGGAGCCCUUACCCCCGAAGCUGGGCCCCGGCUCAUCAUCUGCCCACGUGGGCGUCCUUGACCUGGAUGGAGCUUCCCGGCCGCAGAACUCAGUGGGCAGGGAGAAGGAGCUGCUCAGCAACCAGAGGGACGGCCGCUCGGAAGGCCGCCCGGUGCCGGACGGCGACGUCAAGCAGAGAUCACCCAAGAUGAGGCAGAGACCCCCUCCUCGCCGGGAUAUGACCAUACCUCGGGGUCUCAACCUGCCCAAGCCCCCCAUCCCACCCCAAGUGGAGGAAGAGUAUUACACCAUUGCUGAAUUCCAGACAACCAUCCCUGAUGGCAUCAGUUUCCAGGCGGGUCUGAAGGUCGAGGUGAUAGAGAAGAACUUGAGUGGCUGGUGGUACAUUCAGAUUGAAGAUAAGGAAGGCUGGGCCCCAGCAACCUUCAUUGACAAGUAUAAGAAGACCAGCAAUGCCUCAAGACCCAACUUUUUGGCUCCCUUGCCCAACGAGGUGACCCAGCUGCGGCUGGGGGAUACAGCAGCGGUAGAGAGCAGCAUGGGCAGUGAGGCCGGGGGCCCCUCCCGGCCCCUGCCCGAUGCGCCGCUCGGGGCUGUGGACUCUGGGGUUCCGUGGUCCAAAGACUGGAAAGGCGGUAAGGAGGUCCUGAAAAAGGUGUCUUCAGACAUGUCGUGCGCAGGCUACGAGGAGAUCUCGGACCCCGACCUGGAGGAGAAGCCCAGCCUCCCUCCCCGGAAGGAAUCCAUCAUCAAGUCGGAAGGGGAGCUGCAGGAGCGGGAGCGGCAGAGGGUGGAGCAGCUCCGGGGCUCCUCGCCCAAGCCUCCUGGCGUGAUUUUGCCAAUGAUCCCAGCUAAACAAAGCCCCCCAGCCCGGGAAGGCAGGAGGCCAGAGCCCAAACCUGACAAAAGCAAGUUCCAGCUGAAAAAUGAGAUGGGGCUGGAGUGUGGCCAUAAAGUUCUGGCCAAGGAAGUGAAGAAACCCAACCUCCGGCCCAUCUCCAAACCAAAAGCCGACCCGCCGGAGGAGAAGCCGGAGGUCAUGCCCCAGAAUCCCUUUCUGAAGACCAAACCUCAGGUUAGGCCCAAACCAGCUUCUUCUCCCAGGACAGAGCCACCUCAGGGCGAGGACCAGGUGGACAUCUGCAACCUCAGGAGCAAGCUCAGGCCUGCCAAGGCCCAAGAGAAGCCCUUGCUGGAUGGAGAGACCAGCCACCAGGCUGCCGGGGGCCAGGAUGCGGCCUUCAGCCGCCCCUUCCUCCCGGGGGAGGGGCCUGGUCGCGCUCCGGACAGGACGGGCAAACAGGACGGGCUCAGCCCGAAGGAGAUACCCUGCAGAGCCCCUCCGAGGCCCACCAAGAGCACGGAUCCUGUGCCUAAGAAUGCGCCCGUGCCUCCGCAAGAGGCACCCCAGCAGAGACCCGUGAUCCCGCCCCGCAGACCACCGCCCCCCAAGAAAACCUCCUCCUCACCCAGGCCCCUCCCGGAGGCCAGAGGGCCGCAGUGGGAGGCCAGUGAAGGCAGGGCAGCUCCUGCCGCAGGCCGGGCCCUGCUGGUCCCUCCGAAAGCUAAACCUUUUCUCUCCAACUCCUCGGGGGGCCAAGAUGACAGUCGCGGCAAAGGUGGGCUGGGGCCACGGCUGGCGGGCAGGAUUGGGGAGAACAAGGAGAAGGUGGCCGCAGCCCCCGUCCCCAGUGCCGACAGCCCGAAGGACUUGUAUGUGGCCGUGGCCAACUUCGAAGGAGAUGAAGACACGAGCAGCUUCCAGGAGGGGACGGUGUUUGAGGUCCGGGAAAAGAACAGCAGUGGCUGGUGGCUCUGCCAGGUCCUCAGCGGGGCGCCCUCCUGGGAAGGGUGGGUUCCUUCCAACUAUCUCAGGAAGAAGCCCUAGCC